AUAUUAAAUAGAACAAUAUUUAAAAUAUUAUUUGGUUUUACUUUUAAUUAUUUCAACUUGUUUCACUACGAUUAAUAAAAUCUAUGGUAUUUGUUUGAUUAAAUUUGUGAUAUAUAUUUUUUUGAUAAAUUUUUAGUUAUAAAACUUACUUGAUUUUAAUUUAUUGUCUCUAACCAAGUAUAAUAUCACAUAUAUAGUUAUAUGUUUUUAAAAAUAAAAAAAUUUAGGGUAUGAAUGGUGACCAGGGAACGGUGAGGAAUAAUGCAUUCUCUAACGUUCCUAAAAGAAAUCAUCAUUCACAAGGAAUAAUAAUUCCUUCUCAUUCCCUUUCAUUCACUUUUUUGUAGAGAAUUUAAGAACAAAAAUAUUCCUUGUUAAAUUUGAUAAGGAACAACCAUUCCUUUUCAUUCCUGAUAUUUUGUUCUCGUACAUUCCUUUUUUAUUCGUUCCUCUUGAUUCCCAAAUGGUCAUCAGUCAGACCCUUAGGGUGUGACUGGUGACCAAGAAAAUGAGAAGAAACACUAUGUUCUUUAAUAUUCCUUAAACUUUUUACCAUUCAUGAGGAAUAAGUUUACCUUUUCAUUCUCCGUCAUUCCUUUGUUUGUAGAGAAUUAUAGAACAAAUCAAUUCCUCAUUAAUUUUGAUAAAGAACCAUCAUUUUUCAUCAUUCCUAAAAUUUUAUUCCUACUCAUUCUUUUCAUAUCCGUUCUUAUUGUUCCUAUGAUGGUUACCAGUCACAUAUGUUCUCGCAUAUUAAUUUAAUUAAUUUCAUACUAAAUGAUUGUUUUGUAGUAUAUAAACCUGCAAAAAUAGUUACACUUAUUUUCAACUUUUUAUAAAUUAUUUAAGUAGUUUUUAAUCAAAUAGUUUAAUAGAAGAUAAAUAAAAAAUUAUUAAAAAGGUAUGACCUAAUGUUUCAUAUAUUGUUUGGAAAUACGGUUAGUUAUUGUGCUGUUUGGAAACACAUUUAGUUCUAUAAUCUUAUUUUCUAGAAGAAUGUAUUUAACUAUGUAAUAAAAAUGUCUAUUUAAUUUAAAAAAUUACAAAAAAAAAAGUUGGGUCCAUGAGAAUGAUUCUGUUUUAAUAAGUAAGAUUUAUAAACUUAUGUACAACAAAUUAUACCAGAAACAUAUAAAAAUGUUAAAUCAAAAGAUGAAUACACAAAAUUAACCAACAUUUAUUUAAAUUUAACUGAAUUUCAUUUUAAGUUGUUUUUUGGAAACUUUUGUUUAAUUUUGUAUAGAUUUAAAAUUUGGAAUAUUUGAUAACAGAACCAAGGUUUAACUCGGUAGUAAAGAAUGUCGAACUCAAUUUAUCUGAUUAGCCGAAUAAACCAAAUCGAUUAAUCCGAAUGAACCGAAGUGACAUUCCUAGUUUCCAACAUGAAAAUCCGCUGGAACUAUUUUACUCCCUCAGUUUCAGUUUAUUUGUCGUUGUAGAGAAAAAAAAUUAUUUCAAAAUAAAUAUCGUUUUACAAUUUCAAUACAAAAUUUAUUGACUUUAUAUCUUCUAAUAUAUUUUUCCAUUGGUUGAAAUAUUAUUAAGUAUAUUGGUAAUAAUAUUUUUAUUUAGUAAAUAUAAAAAUUAUUAUUUUUAAUUAGUGUGCACAAGUAUAAAACGACAACUAAAAUGAAUGGGCGAAGUAUAUUGUGCACAAGUCUAAAACGGCAACUAAAAUGAAACGGGUGGAGUAUAUCCUACCUAAACUAUUUUAUAUUUGGCCAUUUACUAGAGGAAUGAGUUUUAGUUAUAUCCUAGCUGAACUAUUUUGUACUGUAUUUCGCCAAUUACAACAUCAAUUAAAGUUAUAUCCUAGUUGAACUAUUUUAUAUUUGGCCAAUUAGAACAUCGAUUAAAGUUUAAACCAUUAGUCACUGUCACACUUAAUGAAUUUUAAUUGGUCUACUUCCAUUAAGAACAUAAAAUGGUGUCUUUCCUAUUUUUGGAUUUUGUUUUUGCGCGACUAUUGUGGUCAUCUCGUCAAUAACACACACAGAGACCAUGGGAGACCAUUCAACUUUUAUAGGGUCACUGCUUUUUCGCUUUGUGGGGAUUGUACCAUUCUUUUUCUUCUUUCUUCUCCGUAAUUUCAAAUCUGACAAUAAUUUAUGGUUGUAAGAAUAAAGAUUUGUAAAAAGAGAAAAACCAGAAAAAAACGAAGGGACGAAAAAACACUGUUUGUAUGUAGUUUUUUUUUCAUAAUUCGACAAAGAAAACACUAAUCAUCAUCACACUUACCCAAACUAACCCAGACGUUUCAGAUCUUCCACACGAUUUUUAUCGUUUUUGAUGGGACUCUGAUUUUACGUAGUCUCUCGUCUGCAUUUUCUUAAGAGAUUUUGGGUUGCAUCGCUUCUGCAUGAAAUGUUUGCCGAUAAGAAAAACAAGAAGGGUGUUAAUAUCUUUGCAUUUUCUGUUUUUGCCAUCUUUUGCUUCAAGUUUUACAGUGUAAAUGCUGUCAAGUUACCAAAGAGUGAAGUGGAUGCUCUGCAGCAAAUCGCCAAAACGCUGGGCUCUAAGUUCUGGAAAUUUGAUGCUGAAAAUUGUAAAGUCGAAACAGUGGGGCUAACAGAGACUCCUCCUCCGACAGCUAAGCAAGAAAUAGAAUGCGAAUGUAGUCCUACUAACGAAACUGAUUGUCAUAUUAUCAAAGUUGCAUUCAAGGAUCAUAAUCUUCCAGGAACUCUUCCACCUGAAAUACAAAAACUUCCCUACCUCCAGGAGAUAGACUUCGCCUACAACUACCUCAAUGGGACAAUACCACUGGAAUGGACUAUGACAAAUUUAACAACUAUCUCUCUUCUUGUAAAUCGGUUGUCAGGGCCAAUUCCAAAGGAGGUCGGAGACAUGACUUCACUAACUUCCUUAGAUCUAGAGUCAAAUGCAUUUACUGGAACCAUUCCUGAGGAGCUAGGCAACUUAGCCAACUUGGAAAAACUGUUACUUUCCUCCAACAAAUUGACGGGUGGUUUGCCAGAUUCAUUAGCUAAACUAGAGAAGUUGGAAGAUUUCAGGAUUAAUGAUCUCCAACUCACUGGAAGGAUACCUAGUUACAUACAAAAUUGGAAGGGACUCAAGAGACUUGAAAUGAUUGCAUCUGGUCUUACCGGUCCAAUCCCAUCGGUCAUCUCAACUUUCGACAAAAUGAAAAAUCUGAGGAUCACUGAUAUAGGAGGACCAGUCCAACCAUUCCCUUCCUUAAAGAACUCAACAGAGUUCUCUAAGCUGAUACUGAAGAACUGUAACAUUGCUGGACAAAUACCUACCUAUCUUUCAUCAUUGAAAAAUCUGGAGACAUUGGACUUGAGUUUUAACAAGUUGGCUGGGACAAUUCCCGCGUUUGCGCAGGCAGAAGAUCUACGGUUUAUAAUGUUGACUGGAAACAAGCUCGAGGGAGAGGCUCCAGAUGGAUUACUAAGAGAUGGAAUCACUGUAGAUCUUUCUUAUAAUAACCUCAAGUGGCAAAGUCCUGAAAGUAGUUCUUGUCGACCACACAUGAAUCUGAAUCUAAACUUGUUUCAGAGUACUUCCACAAAAAAAUCGAGCAAGUUUCUGCCAUGCAUCAAAGAUUUUGUAUGUCCUAAAUAUUAUAGCUGCCUCAAUAUAAACUGUGGUGGAAACGAUGUAACAGUAGAAGCAAACAAUAGCAAAAUAAUAUAUGAAGGAGAUGGAGAAGUUGAAGGUGGUGCUGCUAAGUACUAUCUGAAUCCUGAGUCUUACUGGGGAUUCAGCAGCACAGGGGACUACAUGGACGACAACAAUUUCCAAAACACAAGAUUCACCAUGUUUGUCCCCACAUCUAACCUGUCUGAACGGUACAAAACCGCACGAAUAGCUCCAACAUCUCUCACUUACUUCCAUGCCUGCUUGGAAAAUGGAAAAUACACUGUGAACCUAGACUUCGCUGAGAUGAGAUUCACCAAUGAUGAUACUUAUAGCCAUCUUGGAAGGCGUAUUUUCGACAUCUAUAUUCAGGAGAAACUUGUUUUAAAAGACUUUAACAUCAUGGCUGAAGCAAAGGAAGCUCAAAAACCUAUAACCAAAUCAUUUACUGUUGAUGUGACUAACCAUUUUUUAGCUAUCCGGUUGGGUUGGGCCGGUAAAGGAACCACCAGGAUUCCAGAAAGAGGAGUUUAUGGUCCUAUCAUAUCGGCUAUUUCCAUACUUUCAGAUUCUAAGCCGUGCGCACUCGCUGGAAGUGGAAUGAGCACUGGAGCAUCUGUUGGACUUGGAAUUGGAGUCGCAUGUCUUAUUAUCUUUCUACUAGGAGUUCUUUGGUUUUGUGGCUGCCUUCCAUGUUUCGGGCGACGAAAAGAUCCUAAUGAAGAAGAGUUGCCAUCUGGAACUUUUACGUUACGGCAAAUCAAAGCCGCUACUAAUGACUUCAGUCCAGCUAACAAGAUUGGAGAAGGUGGUUUUGGUCCUGUCUUUAAGGGUGUGUUAUCAGAUGGAAGAGUUGUAGCAGUUAAGCAGCUCUCAUCUAAAUCAAGACAAGGGAACAGAGAGUUUCUAAACGAGAUAGGUGCAAUAUCUUGUCUUCAACAUCCAAAUCUUGUCAAACUUCAUGGCUUCUGCGUCGAGCGGGCUCAGAUGUUGCUUGUGUAUGAAUGCAUGGAGAACAACAGUUUAGCUCAAGCGUUAUUCAGUCCAAAAGAUAAACAGAUUCCAAUGGACUGGACUACGAGGUUUAACAUUUGCUGUGGGGUUGCAAAAGGUCUCGCGUUUCUCCAUGAGGAAUCACCGUUGAAGUUUGUGCACAGAGACAUCAAGGCCACUAAUAUAUUACUGGACAAAGACUUAACUCCCAAGAUAUCUGACUUUGGAUUGGCUAGGCUAGAUGAAGAGGAGAAUACACACGUUAGCACCAAAGUCGCUGGGACUAUAGGAUACAUGGCACCAGAAUACGCACUUUGGGGUUACUUAUCUUUCAAAGCAGAUGUCUACAGCUACGGUGUUUUGGUUCUAGAGAUCGUCGCUGGCAUUAACAACAGUAGUUUUAUGGCGGCAGGAGAUGAAGUCUGCCUCUUGGAAUGGGCUACUCAGUGUGAAGAGUCAGGACACUUGAUGCAAGUUGUGGAUGAGAGAUUGAGACCUGAAGUCAACAAAAAGGAAGCAGAGGCUGUAAUAAAAGUGGCUCUCGUGUGCACGAACGCUUCUCCGACAGAUCGUCCUAUAAUGUCAGAGGUCGUUGCAAUGCUCGAAGGUUUCUAUCCAGUGCCUGAUUCAACCCCUGGAACAAGCAAGAAAUCAGGGGAUAUAAGGUUUAAGGCGUUCAAAGAUGUAAGGAAAGGCAUGGAUAACGACAGUAAGACGCAGUGUUCUGUUAACAGUUAUCCUUCUUCUUCUUUUUCUUCCACUAAUAAUGUGGAUACUAAUGUGGCUGGACAAGAAACAAAGCAAGAAGAGCCAAGGAGCUGAUCAUGAGGUUUAUAGUUCCUGUUCUUUCUCUUUUUUUCUUUUUUCUUUUUUAAUUAUCUGACUGUUAAUUUGUAAUAUGUUUUGGAAGCCUAUUACACAACUAGAGUCCAUUUACUGUAACUUUUUUUUUCUUGCAUCAUAUUAAUUGUUGAUUAGUUAGGGACUGAGUGUUUGUGGAAAACCAAAACUCAGAAUGUAAUGAAAUCAGUUAUCUUUUGCAGUCAUACUUUUGAAGCCUUUCAGUUCUACAUCAUGAAAAGAUUUCCUUGUCUUUUAUGUUAGCAUCUAUUGAAGCUUGAUUAGCUAUCUUGAGGACAUUCAAAAAAUUAAAAGAUAUGAAAUGACCAGUGAUGUUUCUCAGUCACACUUUUGAAGCCUCUAAAUCUAAUCCAAAGUGUUCCCAUGUAAUUGGUAUGUUCUAGUUUGAAUGAUUUGUGCUACAAACUUAUGUCAGAUAUUUUAAAUUGUCAUUAUCAAUAAUCAAGAGCAACAGAACAAAGAAUAUUCUUCAAAUAUUUUUUUUCUACAUACGAAAGUUAGAAAAAAACUAAGAAAUGUACAUCGAAUAUAUACGCUCAUUCCAGAUAUUUGUUUACAAAACGCUUUUCACUAUAACAUUCAAAAAAAUAUGUUUAUGGUAUUGGAAUGCGCCAUUUACAUAACCUA